GAAAGAGAGAGUGAGAGGGAGGGAGCAAGGGAGCGAGGGCAAGAGCGUGUCAGUGUUUCUCUCUUCACUCUGUGUGCUCUUUUGCUGAUGAUUAUCAUGGACAUGGAAUCAUCAAAUCAGCAGGACCUGACAAAGAAGUGACAGGACGAGAGAGUGGUGUUGACUGGGGUUCUGAAAGAGCCAAAAACAGGCGAUUCUACAUGCCUCAAAAUUUCAACAGACCCUUCAUCUUUCGAACAAACACAUCAAAAAUUGGAUUUGGGGCUGUCCUUUCACAGACAAUACAAGAUGGAUGUACAACAUUUUUUCUUGUCGUGCGGGAGUAGGUCUGCAAAUGAGCAACAGUCAGGUGACAGAGUAAUCUAACAUCAGGAGAGUGUCAUGAGCACGGAAAAAGAGCGCAGCGUGCUGAACGAUGCAGACGAGAAGGAGGUGAAGGAUGAGAAGACUGGUGUGAAGGAUGAGCUGUCUGAGGAGCAGGAGCUGGAGGAGCUGAGGGCUCAGGUACUGCAGCUCCUACUUGAGCUGGAAGAAGCUCGAGACACGUCUCAGAAACAUGAGGAGGGCUUUCUGGAGCUGCAAGGUCUUCUUGAGGAGGAACGUUUAGCUAGUGCUCAUCAGGCAGAAGCCUUCACAAGACAGAUCCAGCGUCUGCAAGCCCAGCUUCGUUCUGUUCAGGAAGAGAUGGACAGUCUAGAGGAGGAGAAGGAGAGUGAGCUUCUGGAGGCGCAGGAGGAGCUGCGGACGGCACAGGAGGAGGUGCUGGUGCUGCAGCAGGCGGCGGAGGAUGCUGCGGCUGAAAGGGAGAAUGACAUCGCUAGUCUGCAGGAGGAGCUCUGCCGUUUACGGGCUGAAAUCUCACGACUGGAGAACACGGAACAGGAGUAUGAGCUGGAGAUCGUCACGCUCCGAGCGGAAAUAGAGAUGAAGAGCCAGAUCCGUCAACAGCAGAGGAAGGAGGGUAUAGCAGAUAUGAAUAAGGUGGUUUCAGGUGAUGUGGGUCAAUUGAUGGAUGAAUGUAAGAGUCUGAAGGAACAAUGUCAUGCACUGCAAGAUGAAAACACAAGACUGACUCAUAGAUUGCAGAUGCUACAAAAGAGGAGUUCAGGCAGUUCCUACAUAUCUCUUAAAGAAGAACAGGAAGAGACAGAAGAGUGUGGAACAGAGACAGAAACAGGAGGAUCUUAUAUGAGCGUGAACUGCAGGCUGGUGGAUGCAGGUAUCCAGAAGAAUAUAUCGUUUGAUGGCAAACCUAUCACCCCCACCAGCUGGACAGGAGGUUUUUCAGAGAUCCUCUCACUGAGAGAUCAACUCAAACAGACAGAAGAGAAGGCCACACACGUGCAGCGAGAGUGUGAUGGACUACAGAAUGAACUACAAAAUCUGCGGGAAAUGUAUGAGACCAGUCAGAAGGAGCGAGCUGAACUGGAGCUAGAGUUACUGCGCUGCAGGGAAGAGCUGGAGAGAGCUGCUGAUGUGAAAGAGGAAUGAUGCUCAUAAAAACCAUUGAUUUGUUGCUGCCGGUCUGAACUAUAUCGUAUAAAGAACAAAAGCGCUCAUCACAGCCUCUACAAUAACAUCUGGAGUUCUGUUUUAUGUCUGUGUCCUUUUGUCUUUUUGCAAUAAUAACCAAGACAAAAAUUCCCACAACAGAUCUUUUUUUUUUUUCAGCCUGUUUGGAUCGCACAUGACUGCUCUUGGUAAAAUUCAAAAGCAGUGACCGCUCACCUCUGUUAUAUUCUCUGUUACAUUUUCCCUUAUAAUAUUUCACAUGUACUUUAUAUUAGUUUAGCAAAAGUUUUAAUGAUGUUUUAGAUUUAUUCACCAUUUAGCUACUGAUUGUGUUGUGUUGUAGGCUUAAAUAGGUUUAAUAUUAUGAUAAGUCUACAUUGAUGAAUUCUUCCUAAUACGAGAUGAAGUGCAAGAAAUAUAUUAAUUGUAACAGGCCAAUACAAGCACUGUUAAGGAGGUCUGAAUUGGAAAUCAAAUUUGAAGUUUGUGAAAAAUGAAUGACAUACUUAAAUACUUAAAAUAGUUAUUUUAUACCUUAUAUUAUUAUUUUACGAUUUUUACUUAAUUCUAUUGGUUUGCAAAAACUGCUACAAUCUGUUCUUUUUAUAAUUUUAUGCAUGUUACCGCAUGAGGCAACACUAUAUAGUGCCAUAUAGAUGAUUGUAUUUAGAUUUGUACAUUGAUAAGAAGAAUGUGCUAUUACAACAAAAUGUCCAUAUACAGUUCUAGGAAAAAAAAUCUGGAUUUCUGCAUGUAUGCCCACUAAAUUGUGAACUGAACAUCAUUAGUCAACAAACAACACACAUCAUUUAACUGCGGCAUGCAUUUUGUGUAAACUCUCAAGGUCACUGAUAUUUAGUAACUAAUUCGACAGCCUACAGAAACCACUUCAGUGAUGAGAUGUCAGGCCACAGGAUUUUAAUGAAACUGAGGUCGGGUUGUAAAUUUACCUGCUGUGUUUUGGAUCAUUGAUGCAUGCACCAAAUUCAGUAGUGUUGUAUAAGAUUCUACGGAUGGCCAUUCAUAGAGGGUCAAAACUGUGACCUUUUCCAGUCCAUUAAACUUUAACUUUAAUCUUUUCUAAUGUCAUCUGAAAUCUAUUUUCAUCAUGUUGCAACAGAAUUACAUUAUUUUGAGCAGGUUAUCAAAUUUUGUCAAAUCUGACCUGUUUGGAAUUAUUUAUCAAAGCUUUAUUAUCAAGAAUGUUCAUAUAUAUUUUUACUUUUCCUAUCAAUGACCUUGAUUGUUUAAAUCUUUUGUUCUAUAAAGAUAUAAUUUAUAAAAAAUUUAUAUGAAAACUAAAAAUCUAAGUCGGACUUUAAGUAUUAUGAUUGAAUUGAUAGUCAGAUGACAUUGUAGAUCGUGUGUGGUCUCUUACGGUGAUCAUCCUGAUUUAAAGACUUAUGGGCCAUUAAUAUCUCUGGUUCCCUAUCUGUCAGUAACUUCUAUGUGGUGUCGAUGACUGACACUAGGAGUCGCACUUGGGAGCCCCAAAUAUCUUUGAGAAAAGGCCAAUGAGAAUUGGCGAAUGGAGUUUUCUUGCCACUCCCCCAGACAUAUUGAUAUAAAAGGAAGACAGCAUGCAUCACUCAUUCAGAUUUGUUCUUCGAGCCGAGUGAGUCUCAUCUAUACACAAGCUCAAUCCAUUCAUCCUCUGGAAAGGAAGCAAAUUGCUGGUGUGACGACACAUUGCAGUGGUCUUUCUAGUGGAAAGGGCACAGAUAAAUGAAGAGAAAGUUCCCCUUGGUGCAUCAGCAAGCCUGAAAGAUCAGUUUCCUUUAAAAGAGCAUUUGGUGGUUAGCGCUGAAGAUGAUGCAAGUUGCAAUGGGAGUGUUUCCACCAGGUCACGGGCCUCCCAUUCCUCGUCUUGCACGUUGUGCCCGGUGGAGCUUCCAGAAGACCUUGAUGAGCUAUUGAGCUACCACACCGAAGGUGGAAGUCCAGCCAAGUCAUAUCGAUAGCUUGUCUUGAUAGGACUCAGCUGGACUUCCAACUUCGGUGCGGUAGCUCAAUCUGAGUCUGAUGCAGAGUUGGCAGCCAUGCUUUUGCGAGCAUCAGGCUGGAGUGGAAUCCUCUGUCCUGUCCCGGCUGAAUGAUUGGUAUCUGGGUUCUGAGCGGGACUUAAACCUCAGUGCCUUUCUUCCCAGAAGUGCAUGUAGAGCUGAUAAAGUCAUGGAGGGCACUUUUCACUGCCCAGUCCCAUUUCACAAGCUCUUCCACUCUCACUACCCUCAAUGGUGGGACAGCUAGAGUGUAUAUAGAUGUUCCACAGGUGGAGCAUGUGGUUGGUGUGCAUUUAUCCCCACAAAAUGCCGCCACCUGGCGUAAUCCUCCCAGACACCCAUCCAGGGCCUGUAAGUUCACUACAUCUCUAACGACGAAGGCUUACAGUGCUGCCGGACAGGCCACCUCAGCCCUGCAUGCCAUGGCGAUCCUGCAGGUCCAUGAGGCCAAAGCUCUAAAAGAGCUGCAUGAGGGUAGUUCUGAAGCAGGAACUUGCACUCUCCGAGCAAUGAAAGUCAAGACAAGGGCUCUUGGCCAGGCGAUGUCCACCAUGGUGGUCCAGAAGCACCAUCUCUGGCUUAACCUUGCUGAGAUGAGGAGGUUGACAAAGUCCGCUUUCUUAACAACCCCAUCUCACAAGGUGGUUUCAUCAGCGACACUGUCGGUUACAGUGCUCGGGUUGAGACUGCUUCAGCAUUGGCUACAGACUUGAGUCCCAAGAUGGGCAUUAUGCAGUGGCACACAUCACAUGGCCAUCAUGCCAAUUUGUCGUCACUUAUUCAGCCCUUGGACAGACCUUGCAUUUCUACGGGCAGGGGUGCCUCUAGAAAAAGUGUCCAGGCAUGUUGUGGUCACAACAGAUGUGUCCAAGUCUAGCACUGGGAAGCUGUGUGCAUUAGGAAAGCAGCAUCAGGCUCCUGGACAGGACCUCGACUGUAUUGGCACAUCAGCUGCCUUGAAGGUGUUACCAACAUUGCUGGCCCUGCGGAAGUUUCAGACGUGUUUGAACAUAGUUGGCCCCGUCUCUGCCACGAGUCACUGCAUUUGUAGUAGUUCCUACCUUCCUUUCCAGGUAAGACCUACCACAGGGACCUCUUUCCACGUGUGAUACUUCCUGAUUGUAGGUCCAUGUGAUGUAUUCUCCACAUACUAAUCUCUCUUAGGGCAGGUUGUGGUUUUUGUAAUUUUCUUUCUCCUGUAUAGGAGAAAGAGUGCUUCCCCAGUGCUGACUCUGGUCUGCACAGCUAUGAGCUUUUAUUUACAAAAAAGAGAGAGAAAAGGUCAAAUGACUGAAGCUACCUUUUCCGAUGGUAAGUACUGUCCUCUCUGUCCCUAUGUGAUACAAAGGACUACGCGGCUUGCAUGGGGCGCUGAUUAGGUGACAAUGUUGUGAGUGCACUUGCUACCCGGCACACGGGGCUUGCCGACAUCUGCACCGCUAAAAACUCGUAACACGGUUCAGAUGUUGUGGCGUUUUCCCCGGGGGACCCCUAAUGUCAGUCAUCAACACCACGUCAAGUCAAGUCACCUUUAUUUAUAUAGCGCUUUAUACAAUACAGAUUGUUUAAAGGCAACUUUACAGUGAUAACAGGAAAAUUAUGUUGUUCAGCUGAAGUCAGUUCAGUGUUGAAGUGACUUAGAGAUAGGGAACAUCUGGGUAACUAUUGUAUCCUCCGUUCCCUGAUGGAGGGAACAAGAUAUGGUGUCCCUCCUGACAAAAUGCUAAACUGAAAUGGGUGUGACAAUGUCUCGGCUCCUCAGCACAAAUUUGAAUGAGCGAUGCAUGCCAUCUCCCUUUUUAUACAUGUAUGUCCAGGGGAGUGGCUCGCAAAUUCUCAUUGGCCUUUUCUCAAAGUAUCAGAGGUGUUUGGGGCUCCCAAGUGCAACCCCUAAUAUCAGUCAUUGACACCACGUCUUGUUCCCUCCCUUGGGGAACGGAGGUUACAAUAGUAACUGAGAUGUUCUUGUGUGAGUGAGCCAAAGGUCAGCUGAGAUUAUCAAAGCCUAGCAACAAAUGAAUUAUUAUUAUUAGUAGUAGUAGUAGUUAUUCUGUUGUCACAGUGGUACCAAAACAGUUGUAUUUAAAUAUGUAAAAUUUCUAGAAUAUUUGUAUACUUUGAAUAGUAAUAUACAGUAGAUGAACCAUCAGAUUUAAUGGUGAUUAAAAUGGUAUUAAAUCAACAUGAACUGAAUUCCACUGUAUCUCUACAUUUGAUGAAGACAGACAAAUUCAAUAAUGUUCCAUCCUUUCAAAACAUUUAUGUGUGUUUCUACAAAUAUAGGCAAUUUUGGCGCUGUGGACACUUUUAAAAAUAAACUCUUUAAAAACAAUUUUCAUAAUUGCACAUUUUCUUGUACACCAUCAAUGUCCAAUUCUCCUGUGAUUUUUAUAUAAAUAUCUUUUUUUUUUCUGAAACAUCACAAACUUCAGAAAAAAGGUCAACUGUACUUUCAUUUUAUAUCUUAAAUUUAAUAAUUUGUUUGCACUUAGUAUUAUGCGUCAACUAAAGAACAGUAUAGUAAUCUGUGUAAAAGAUUAUAUAAAUCAUUUUCACACAAUAAAUAUGGUUUGUAAUUUCAA